AUGUCAAUGGCUACUUCUAAGAUGUACUGCUCUAGCGUAGCACAAGUGAAACAAACAAUAGUACAAAACCUUGAUGGGAACUUUGUCAACUUUUUGGUAUAUGAUUGGAGAGUUGAAGAAUUGCAGUUAUUGACAGAGACUAUCAUCACCUGGGAGCUUCAGCCUCAUAAGCUACUGUCAGUUGGAAAGACCAUGCCAAAUUUAGCCAGCAGUGUGUUAAAAAUUAAUGGGUUUAAAAGAACUCCUUUGCAGUGCCAAGAUCAGUGGCACUAUAUUGUAGCAGCAUUCAGACAUGGAGGUUACAAGCAACUUGCUGAACAGAUUAAUCUCAUCUAUUUACUAAUGCCUUCUACGCUAAAUCCCAAUCUGUUUUAUUUAUAUCCUUCUGUCAAAAUUUCAAAACGACACAAACCCCAGCAACACAGCCGGAGUAAGUUUAUAAAAAAGUCUGUAGAAGCAGCAAAAACAAAAAUGACACAGACCAAAACACCUCUGUCACAGAGUCUAUGUGAAGAGCUUUCACCAAGAGAAAGUCCACAGAAGAUGAUAAACGGUAACCAAAAUGUGGAUGUGCCCAAAGUUCCUGAAGCCUGCAUGAUGGACACUAAAAACACAAGUGCUACAGGGAAUAUACUCUCAUACGUUCAGGUUAAUGUACCGCAGCCGUUAGUCCCUAAGAAACGUCAUGUUAAGAUCUCUACUGAUGAAAAACGAGAGUUGGAAGAGGAGGAAGUUGUUAGUGCAUCGUCUGUCAAUAUUAAGAAAGAACCAAAUGAUUUGGAAUUGGUAAGAACUUCAGCUACAAUUUCAUCAUUAAACAAAAAGCUGUUAAAAUGUAAAGAGGUUAAGAAACGACCAGCUGAUGAAGUACAGGACAUGCCUACAUCAUCUACCAAAGUAAUGAUAAGCUCUCAGAGUACUCCAUUAAAAAAAGCUACCUAUAUUUUGCAGUGUGAGUCACAGGAGGAUAAAGUGCAGGUAAUGAUAUUAAAUGUAUCUAAAAGUAAAAAGGCCACAUUAAUUGAAUGCAGUACUGUGCAAGGAGUUAUUCCACCUCGAAUCAUCAGACUCUAUUAUCCCCCUAAUUGUAAACUGCCAUCUGGUCUUACACACUUGUACAUUCCAAGGAUAUUGGUUCAUCCAGAUGUCGUGAACUCAAUUAAAAAAAUAAAGGUGUCACAUUCUAAUGAUAAAUAUCCCAUAGUCAAAUUUGAAAAGAACUCUGGUUCCUUAUCAUUCACUCCUUCACAUCACUCCAGAAUAAAAACAGAAUCAGAAGACAUUGAAUAUGAAGAAAUUGGCUUGGAUGAUUUUGAAAAUGAAUCGAGUAUCCCAUCUGAUGGUAAUGAUGGUCUAGAUGGAGAAUCCAGAAGAGGGGAGGUAAUAAAAUUAUUGGAGCAGUACAGCCAGCAAUGCAGGCAAGAAAAAACAAGAUUGCUGAACACAUUACAAGAGAGUCACCAGCAACAGAUAUCUCUUCUUAGGCAAGUCCUCACUGUCUUCCAACAGCUUCAGCAUGUUUGUUGAAAAAAUAUUUUGUUCUUAUUGACACUGAUAAUACAUGUUAUUUUCAGAUUG